ACACCCCUCGCUCCGUGACGUCACCAAGGGGCCGGAAGAGGCGGCGAUUGGCGGCAGCACUUCCGGGAUCGGAGCUGGGCCGGGGGAACCAUGAGCUGGAUCCCGUUCAAGAUCGGGCAGCCCAAGAAACAGCUCGUCCCCAAGACGGUGGAGAGAGACUUUGAAAGGGUAAUAAUGUGGAAGCUGCAUGGCAUGAGUAUUGGGUAUAUCGGGACUUUAAUCCUUCUCCAUCUGUUCAGGUUGGAAGAGCAGACCAAGAAACUACAGAAGGACAUGAAGAAAAGCACCGACGCGGAUCUGGACCCCAUCCCAGGGGGGUUUUGCAGCCAUUGGGACCCCAUUACAGGGGGGUACAGCCAUUGGGACCCCAUUACGGGGGGGUACAGCCAUUGGGACCCCAUUACAGGGGUACAGCCAUUGAGACUCCAUACAGCCAUUGGGACCCUGUUACAGGGUGGGGUACAGCCAUUGGGAUCCCAUCCUGUGGGGGGUACAGACAUUGGGACCCCAUACAGACAUUGGGACCCCAUUACAGGGGGAUACAGCCAUUGGGACCCCAUCCCGGGGUGGUACAGCCAUUGGGACCCCAUCCCAGGGGGGUACAGACAUUGGGACCCCAUUACAGGGGGGUUACAGCCAUUGGGACCCCAUACAGCCAUUGGGACCCCAUUACGGAGGUACAGACAUUGGGACCCCAUUACAGGGGGGGUUACAGCCAUUGGGACCCCAUUAUGGGGGGGUACAACCUUCUCCUUCCCACAGGUCAAUCAGAUCCAGAAGACGGUCAUGGAGCCAUUGAAGAAGUUCAGCAGCGUGUUCCCCAGCCUGACGAUGGCGGUGAAGCGCCGCGAGCAGACGCUGCAGGAUUAUCGGCGGCUGCAGGGCAGGGUGGACAAAUACGAGGACAAGGAGCGGAGCGGGGCCGUGCUGGCCAAGCUGCACCAGGCCCGCGAGGAGCUGCGCCCGGUGCGGGAGGACUUUGAGGCCAAGAACCAGCAGCUGCUGCAGGAGAUGCCCCAGUUCUACAGCAGCCGCGUGGAGUAUUUCAAACCCAGCUACGAGGCGCUGAUACGGGCACAGGUCGGUUUCUACUCGGAGCUCUGUUCCAUUCUCUCUCAUCUCUCCGCUCACAUCGGCCGCGCGGCGCUGAGCGAUGAACAGCGGGAACGGGACAACGAGGCCACGGUCACGGAACUGAGGGGGCUGAGCAUCGUGGGGGACGACUGAGGGGGGGGACUAUAGGGACAGAGGGACCCUAUAGGGACUGUGGGACCCUAUAGGGACUGUGGGACCCUAUAUGGGGCAAUGGGACCCUAUACGGGGCAAUGGGAUCCCAUAUGGGGCAAUGGGACCCUAUACGGGGCAAUGGGAUCCCAUAUGGGGCAAUGGGACCCUAUAGGGACUGUGGGAUCCCAUAUGGGACACUGGGAUCCUAUAGGGACUGUGGGACACCAUAUGGGGCAAUGGGACCCUAUAGGGACAGUGGGACACCAUAUGGGGCAAUGGGACCCUAUAGGGACUGUGGGACACCAUAUGGGGCAGUGGGACCCUAUAGGGACACUGGGACACCGUAUGGGGCAAUGGGACCCUAUAGGGACAAUGGGACCCUAUAGGGACUGUGGGAUCCCAUAUGGGACACUGGGACCCUAUAUGGGGCAAUGGGACCCUAUAGGGACAGCGGGACCCUGUAUGGGACAAUGGGACCCUAUAGGGACCCCAUAGGGACACUGGGACACUAUAGGGACUGUGGGACACCAAAUGGGACAAUGGGACCCUAUAGGGACAGUGGGAUCCCAUAUGGGGCAAUGGGACCCUAUAGGGACUGUGGGACACCAUAUGGGACACUGGGACCCUAUAGGGACAGUGGGACCCUAUAGGGACAGUGGAACCCUAUAGGGACUGUGGGACACCAUAUGGGGCAAUGGGACCCUAUAGGGACUGUGGGAUCCCAUAUGGGACACUGGGAUCCUAUAGGGACAGUGGGACACCAUAUGGGACACUGGGACCCUAUAUGGGGCAAUGGAACACCAUAUGGGACACUGGGACCCUAUAGGGACUGUGGGACCCUAUAUGGGGCAAUGGGAUCCUAUAGGGACUGUGGGAUCCCAUAUGGGACACUGGGACCCUAUAGGGACAGUGUGACCCCAUACACACAGUGUGACUCCAUAUGGACAGAGGGAGGGGCAGAGGGACAGAGGGAUCCCAUAUGGCACAGUGUGGCCCCAUAUGGGCAGUGUGACCCCAUACAUACACAGCCUCCAUACACAGUGUGACCCUAUAUGGACACUAUGACCCCUUAUGGACACUGUGACCCCAUACACAGUGUGAUCCCAUAUGGGCAGUGUAACCCCAUACAGACACACUGGCCCCAUACACAGAGUGGGGUCCCCCACUGUAUCCCCCACAAUCGGUGCCUUCACUUCUGAC